CGCUGUCGGCGAAGCGUGGUUGAGCCAUGGCUCGUGGCGGACGCCGGCGUCCUGAUCCGUGGAUCAGGUACGGUGCUUUCCUCUAGCGCCGGCAGUCCACGCAAUUAAUGCAGUGGUUGGGCCGCUCGCUGGGUAAGGUAGCGAAGUUGGAUUUGGCUCACAUACCGGUCGGCGAAAUAGGUGGAGAUAUCGAGUCCGCGACGGCGACAGGGUGGUCCAGCAACCUCGCCGGGGCGGCGGCGACCAUGGAGUUCUUACUGCAGCCGAUAAACAGAGCGCUGCUUGAGGAGGUGAAUGAUAAUAAUGGGGCAAUGGAGCCCGUGCGGUUCCCAGUCGCCGCCCGGCGGAGCUUGAGGUUGCAGCCCCGGCAGGUUCAAGUGCGGACGGGCAGAUCUGUCGGGCUGAUGGAGCCGGCGCGGACAUGCCUCAGGGCUCCGAGCACUCGAUAGAACAAGUGGACCCAAAAACACCAGGCUGGACGCAAAGGUACGAAAACCUUGGCCUAGCAAUGGCAUAAAAAAUUGAUAGAACAAAAUUGCGUGUGUGCUUGCCAAAUCUGCAAGCAGCAACUGAUGUAGUGGUGCUGAAGAAAUAUAAUUAACCGUGGUCUAGGCUUACAUACUGCAUACUUGCGGAGAUGGCUGACAAGCCGUAGUUAUUGACACCCAGAAAGUUCAGUUAAUGUAAUUUCGUAACUAGUGAGUGUGCUGCAAAACCCAACCUGAUAGCUUAACUGUUGUGACUCGAUGGAGUAUGUCGCAAUACAUACAGAUGCUGCACGGAGGGAGAAAUGGUGCAGAACUUCAUACAAGGUGACGGUGAUCGAAUGAGGGGAGGAAUUUGACUGCGAGUGCGGGCAGUUUGCCCAUAUGGGGCUGUUGUGCAGCCAUAUCCUGAAGUUUCUCGACUUCAUUCGUGUUACGGAGAUCCCAAAGAAGCACAUUGUGAAAAGGUGGACAAGAGAUGCAAGAGAUAUACUUCCAGCUCACCUGAUGCAGUACCAGAGAGACAAUGCUCAGGAAAACCCGUUUUGUUUCCGGCAUUUCAACAUGUAUAUGCAAGCCAUGGAGCUUGUUCGGAUGGGAGACUCAAGUGUGGCAGCUUAUGAGCACUUGAUCUCGCUAUUCAAACACUGUGCAGAAGAGAUGAAACCAUUUACAGACGUCCGAGAUGGCCUUGGUUUGGAAGACAGGUUAGCAUGUAGUACUAGGAUUGAUAACAGGAUGCAAUCAGGAGGCGAUGUAUGCGAAGCAGUAGAAGGUACAGAGGUUAACAACGGCAACGAUGACAGCAAUUCAGCUAAUCAGUCUGAGAAUAGGCUAGGGAACCUGCUAGCACCAGCCAGGCGGAAGAAAGUUGGCAGGCCAACAAGUAGGGAGAAGGCUCCGUAUGAAGGUUUAAGUAACAAGUAGGCAGCAAGGACACAAGCGACAACCUGCCCAGAACGAGGGGGUGUACCGAAACAGCCACGUAAGCCGGCGAGAUGCAAAAACUGUGGAGUUGGAGGACACUGCAGGAACAAGUGCCAUAAGGUAGCGGAACUCAGGAUCAGUUAAUUUCGCCGACCCAAAUGAUGGGAUAACUAAUAAGAAAUACUUUUCUUUCAAUGUAAUUGAGUGUUUUUGAUCUGUAUGAUCUAGGAUUAAAGCCGUUGAUGCUUUUCAUGUAUGUGCAACUGAUAGCUGUUCCUCUGUUUGGACUGCAUUCUCUGAG